AUGGCAGUGCAUAACACUCUAAGUAGUAAUGAAAUAUGCGGCUAUGCUAGUGCUGGUACAGGUUUCAAAAAAGAAAACAUUACUGUGGUUAUCGGUUUCAAUUUUGAUAGUGCGGCUAAGCUAGUGCUGGUACAGGUUUCAAAAAAGAAAACAUUACUGUGUGCGGCGAAGCUAGUACUGGUACAGGUUUCAAAGAAAGAAAAUGAUACUGUGGUUAUCAGUUUCAAUUUGGAUAGUGUGGCGAAUCUAGUGCUUGUACAGGUCUCAAAGAAGAAGCUGUUGUGUGGCGAAGCUAGUGUUGGUACAGGUUUCAAAAAAGAAAACAUUACUGUUGGGAUUACCGUCGACUUUGAAGGCGGUGUGAAGCGGUUGCUAGUGCAAGUUUGA